GGCGCUGUGAUAUCGCACAUUAAAUUAUGGCGGAGGAAGAAGGAUUCACAGGAAAUGAAACUAAUUACCAACACACAGAGAAUGAUUUAGAAAAAGUCGAUCCAUCGGUAGAUUCAAAGCGUAAUAACGAAAUAGAGAAGACUAAAAUGGUCUCAACAAGGUGUACAGAAAAUGCAGGUGAAGGGGAAUCAAAAAAGAAAUCCAAAAAGAAACGGCACAAAGAUGUAGAUGACCAUGACUCCAAGAGUGACUUGAAGGGAGUACCACUAGCCAAGCUUCAAGACUUGAAGAAAGCUAUGGAAGUACUCACUCUCAAUGUGGGACAGGAAGGACCUGCAAAAACACCAGAAGAAGCUCUUCAUAAACGUUAUGAAUUUUGGGAGACUCAGCCUGUUCCAAAAUUGGAUGAAAAGGUUGUAGAAUUUGGUCCCAUUGAACCUUCCAAAACUGAGAAUGAUAUAAGAAAAACAGCCUACACUCUUCCUCAGGGUUUCAAAUGGGAUACACUUGAUAUUAAUGACCCUUUAAUUUUGAAGGAACUGUAUCUUCUGCUCAAUGAAAAUUAUGUUGAGGAUGAUGAUAAUCUGUUCAGAUUUGACUACUCACCUGACUUCCUUAAGUGGGCACUUCAGCCACCAGGGUGGUUACAGGAAUGGCAUUGUGGUGUACGGGUUGUGAAAAGUAACAAACUUGUGGGUUUCAUCUGUGCUGUUCCUGCCACGAUAAGAGUUUAUGACCAUGUUCAGAAAAUGGUGGAAAUUAACUUCUUGUGUGUUCACAAGAAACUUAGGUCAAAGCGAAUGGCUCCCGUACUCAUUCGAGAAAUUACUAGAAGAGUUAACUUGCAAGGAAUAUUCCAAGCAGUGUAUACAGCAGGUGUAGUACUACCAAAACCUAUAGGAACAUGUAGGUAUUGGCAUCGCUCUCUAAAUCCUCGAAAAUUGAUUGAGGUUAAGUUUUCCCAUCUGAGUCGGAAUAUGACAAUGCAGAGAACCUUAAAAUUGUACAAACUUCCUGAGAAGCCCAAAAUAGAAGGAUUCCGACAGCUUGCCCCAAAAGAUGUCCAUCAGGCUCAUGAGCUUUUGAAUGAGUACCUGGAGAAGUUUGACCUUUGCCCUGUGUUCUCAGAAGAAGAAUUUUGCCAUUGGUUUAUCCCACGACUGGAUAUAGUAGACAGUUUUGUUGUUGAGUACAAGGUUAUUGCAAUGUUGGGAAAGGAGAAGGAUGGAAAGUUUCAGGAAAGUAUUUUAGGAGAUCCACCUAAAGCGAAUAUUUGA